CUCUCAGGGAUGACACCCCCAACCCCCACUCCAAGGAGAUUCCAUGGGAGAAUCUGAUCCCCACCUUGAGGUCAUAAUGGCUAAUGGCUGGAGCUCUGAGAAGCCAGGAAGAGCAGCAGAAGGCAGAAAGCAAACUAUGGUGUCUAGAGAGCCAUGGUUGCCAUGUGCCCCUCCUCUCUGACACUGGAUGACUUCACCCAACCAUCACCAUCCCCCUCUCCACCAGGGGAAGAAAGGAACAAAAGCCUACCUUGGCACCAACGAUGCCGCCCCACAGAUGCCACCAAGGGGCUACUUGUGGCAUUGCUGGGUGGAGGCCUUCCUGCAGGCUUUGUGGGGCCCUUCUCCAGAAUGGCCUAUCAAGCUUCCCAUCUACCCUCCCUUGAGCUUCUUCUUUGCCGAUGCCUUUUCCACCUUCCCAUCGCCUUUCUUCUCAAACUGCGAGGCUGUCCACUGCUGGGGCCUGCAGGUAAUCGACAGAGAGCCUGGCUCCAUGCCCUCCUCAACGUCCUCAGCAUUGGUUGUGCCUACACCUCUGUCCUGGUUGUGCCUGCUGGCAAUGCAGCCACUGUCCGAAAAGGCUCCUCCACCGUCUGUUCUACACUCCUUGCCCUGUGUAUGGAGAGUCAGCGACUCAGUAGCUAUGACUGGUGUGGCCUGGUUGGCAGCACGCUGGGCUUACUUAUCAUUGUGGGCCCAGGGUUGGGCACUCUACAGAAGGGAUCAGAAGGGGUCUACACAGCCCUCGGCUAUGUAUUAGCUGUCUUGGGUGGCCUUGCCCUUGCCCUGGGGCUGUUGGUUUACAGAUCCUUGGACUUCCCUUCCUCCCUACUGACUGUGGCAUUUCUGUUUGGUGUAGUAGGGUUGAUGGGGGCCUUGCCGGGGCUUUUCCUGUUGCAGACUCCUGUGAUACCCCAUGACCCACUGAGUUGGAGCUGUGUUUGGGCUGUUGGGGUUCUGGCCCUUGUUUCAUUUGUAUGUGCCAGCUAUGCUGUCACCAUGGCCCACCCAGCACUGGUGUGUGCUGUGCUACAUUCUGAGGUGGUGGUGGCACUGAUGCUGCAAUACUAUGUACUCUGUGAGGCUGUGACACCAUUUGACAUCAUGGGGGCAGGCGUUGUAUUAGGUAGCAUUGCCAUCAUCACUGCUCAGAAUCUCAGUUGUGAUCGGGAAGGAGAGGGUCUUAAAGAAUGAGGCUGUGUGUGUGUGUGUGUGUGUGUGUGUGUGUGUGUUGGGGGGUACAAAGUUGGGGCUUAGGACUCAAUGUAGAGGAGAAAGUAACUCUCAAUUAUACUAGUAAUUGGGAGUCAAAGAACAAGACGAUGUUGGAAACUUGAUUGAAAUUGCUGAAAACCAAAGACUGGCUCUGGAGGACCUUCGGAAGAGAGGUUUUAAAGGAUAUAAGGGACAAAGCAAACCUGGAUUGGGAGGUAAAUAGGAAGGAUCUUAGAAGGCAAGUAUAAGUUGGGUUUUCCAGAUAGGAUAAGAGAUGAAGGGCACACUUUCUAUAAUGAAAAUAGGCAGGUGAUUUCCAAUGAGGCUGGAGAAGGGAGAACCCAAAAGGAAAAUGACAGGUCAUGGUGGGGAAUGUGUGAUAGGGAGUUGCUACGAAUUGACCUGGAAAACUCGUGGGGGAGAGACACAAUGUUGACCUCAAAUUAGGAAAAAUCUAAGUGA